UCCUUUGCCCCCGAAGAGGUUUCCGCUGGUGUAAUGUUGGAAGAGCUAGGGGGUUAACGGCUGAUUUUUUUCCUGCAUUUUGGAAAAAAUAACAACGACUGUGUGUUUGAGAUCGACUUUAUCUCAAUACCGGAGUUAAUGGUUGCUGUUCAAUGUAACUCUGACAGCCGUCGACCAUGAGCAACAGUCACCCUCUGCGUCCACUGGCCUCCGUGUCGGAAAUCGACCACAUCCACCUGCUGUCGGAGCAGCUCGGAGCCCUGGUGCUCGGAGAGGAGUACAGCGAUGUCACCUUCAUCGUGGAGGGAAAGCGCUUCCCAGCGCACAGGGUCAUCCUGGCAGCUCGCUGUCACUACUUCAGGGCCCUGCUAUACGGUGGGAUGAAAGAGUCACAACCGCAGGCGGAGGUGUGUUUGGAGGAGACUCGGGCUGAAGCCUUUUCAAUGCUGUUGAACUACCUGUACACGGGCCGGGCCAGCCUCAGUUCUGCCCGGGAAGAGGUGCUACUGGACUUCCUGGGCUUGGCUCACCGCUACGGGCUCCAGCCUUUGGAGGAUUCCACAUCUGACUUCCUCCGCACCAUCCUGCAUACCAACAAUGUCUGUCUGGUGUUUGACGUGGCCAGCUUGUACUCUCUGAGCGCGCUCACUGCAGCCUGCUGUACUUACAUGGACAGACACGCACCUGAAGUGCUAAAUUCUGAAGGUUUCCUCACGCUCUCCAAGAAUGCUUUGCUGACUGUGGUCAGGAGGGACUCAUUUGCUGCCAGUGAGAAGGAGAUCUUCCAAGCGUUGUGCCGCUGGUGCCGGCAGCAUGAGGAUGGCGAGCACACUUACGAGGUGAUGUCUGCAGUGCGGCUGCCCCUCAUGACUCUGACCGAGAUGCUGAAUGUGGUGCGACCGUCUAGCCUCGUGAGCCCAGAUGACCUGCUGGACGCCAUUAAGGCCCGGUCUGAAAGCCGCAAUAUGGACCUCAACUACCGGGGAAUGCUCAUCCCUGAGGAGAACAUCGCCACCAUGAAAUACGGAGCUCAGGUAGUGAAAGGAGAGCUGAAGUCAGCGCUGCUCGACGGCGACACCCAGAACUACGACCUGGACCACGGCUUCUCCAGACACCCAAUCGAAGAGGACGGCCGAGCUGGGAUUCAGGUCAAACUGGGCCAACCGUCCAUCAUCAACCACAUCCGCCUGCUGCUGUGGGACAGAGACAGCCGGUCUUACUCAUACUACAUCGAGGUGUCAAUGGAUGAGCUGGACUGGGUGCGUGUUGUUGACCACUCCAAGUAUCUCUGCCGCUCGUGGCAGAAUCUGUACUUCGCACCCCGGGUUUGCAGAUAUGUUCGUAUUGUAGGAACACACAACACGGUCAACAAGGUCUUCCACCUCGUGGCUUUUGAAUGCAUGUUCACCAACCGCUCGUUCACCCUGGAGAACGGGCUUGUGGUGCCCAGUGAGAAUGUGGCCACUAUAGCUGCCUGCGCUAGCGUCAUCGAGGGUGUGAGUCGCAGCAGAAAUGCCUUGCUCAACGGUGACACCCGCAACUACGACUGGGACUCGGGAUACACUUGUCAUCAGCUGGGCUCUGGGGCCAUCGUCAUCCAGCUAGCUCAGCCCUAUUCUAUCGGAUCACUGAGGCUGCUGCUGUGGGACUGCGAUGAGCGCUCCUACAGUUACUACAUUGAAGUUUCCACCAACCAACAGCAGUGGACAAAAGUGAUUGACCGCACCAGGGUAGCUUGUCGAUCAUGGCAGACACUGAAGUUUGAUAAGCAGCCUGCUUCCUUCAUCCGUAUUGUUGGGACUCAUAACACCGCUAAUGAGGUGUUCCACUGCGUGCACUUUGAGUGUCCGGCCCAGCUGGACACAGAGGUCAGUGAAGGCAGCCCGGGUUUGGAUUCUUCUGAUUCUGGAGCUACUACGCAGCAGCAACAGCAGCAGCGACCUCAACGACCUUCACGCACACACAGCCUGCUGCCCACCCAGCCCUCUUCCUCCUCAUCCUCUUCCUCUUCCCAUCAUUAAGAAUGUCCCCUUAUUGGAAGAUGUUGAGAGGAAGGAGAGUGGUGGGCGGGGGGGACCUCAGAACGCCAUUUUGCACAGCCUUCAUUGUUCAGACAGCACUGCUACAACAACACUGCUAAGGCGAUCGUCUUUGUCAUAAUCCAUAGUCCGUCUGUCAUAUGUGCAACAUUAGAGACUGGUGUAUUGGUAGCAACAGCAUUUAGGGCUCCAGUCUUCCCAGUUUUGAAGCUCAACAUUAGAUAUCAUAUCUCCUGCGUUUAUAUGAAGGUACUUUUUAGGAACUAAGACUCAAGUUUUAUCCUUUAAAAAAAAUAUGAAGGUGAAAUCUUUCUCUAAAGGUUAGGCACACACUGAAACAUGUUUAUACUGUAUUAUCAAAGAGCAGUAAGUCCAUGGUGGGGGGGUGGUAUUUGAAUUUUAUGCAUUAAUCGUACGAUUAAUAAUGAAAGUACUGUUGUUAAGCUAUUUUUUUUAAGAAACUGUCUUAAACUGACUCUACUCACUUUUCAUACCAUCACAACUAACAGAGUAGAAGUUGAGUAUUUUUCAAACUUUGGAAGUAAAUAGUUCAAAGGUCUGCCAAAGCUGUCGAGCUAAUGCAUUAGGUGACAUUUCUAUCCAAAUGGCAUUUAAUCCAAUUAUCUAUCUGCAUAUUAAGUAAUAGCUGUGGCGUAUUUGAUAGCAGGCUUUGACACCCAAUCUAAACUUUGCAGUGUGACCUUUUCUCUUUUUUUUUUUUCUUUUUCUUUUUUUUUUAUAGCUAAAAUUCAUACCUCAAUAAUGAUCUCACUAAAACGAACCAAGAUUUAACUGAGUGUCUUAAUUUAAUAUUUUAAGCACUUGAAUAGGUUGGCGCACACACACGAUUAGGGAAAUCAAUUAGCUUGGGGGGGAAAUGGGACUUAGAGGACCAAAUUUGGCUGCACUUGGGCUGCUGAAGUUUAACUUUAUACUGUAGACACAUGAGCAGCUUCCAUCUGCACUUUAUUUUACUCAAGUAUACAGAAAUAAGGGUUGUAGCUUGGGUCUUCUGACUGAAGUAGAGUACUGGAGUGCUGGAUUUGGUAUCUUGCUGUUUAUGUUAAAUUAAUUUAAAAUCUUUGUGGUUCUGGGUUGUUUUUGAUUUCAGUUCUUUUUGCAUUUUUUUUAAUGAAGUGUCAGUGCUGUGUUUUCUUUGUGUCCUGAUGUUGCACUUUUACGUUAUUUAAAAAGAAGAAAAAAAAAUCAUUUGUUGGAAACCCUUUGUUUGCUGUUACAUAACCUGAAAUACCUAUCUACCUUAGGUGACUCACUGAUGUUUCUGUAAGCUUUCUUUAACCAUCCCAAUACAUUUAAGACAACUACCCAUUAGUUUGAUAAGUCUUCCUUAAUAACUAGAGAACAAAAAUAGGGCUUUGUUCAGGUUGUACUCUCCAUACCUUAUCUAACUUUAUGUGUACUUUUACUUAUUUUCACCAUCAAUGUGUGACUGCAUCUCACUGCCUCGUGUUCAAUGCCUGUUAAAAAUGUGAUUACGAAAAACAAAAACAACAAAAAAAGCCGAUGUUGUUUGUUGAUUUUUGUUUCUGUAAGAGGGUGACACACACACCUGCUAGUCAGAAUCGCUGCUGUUACACACAGUGAAGCUCUUUGAUUCAAGCAAUACAAUAAGUCCACCUUUGGUUUUAAGUAUUGAGAGCUUUUGUUACACACCAAAUGGUGCUGAUUGAUAAUCGUGUAACAUUAAUGGGCCGGGCACUGAUGCCCCACCAGCUUUGUGGGCAGUGUUAAUGUGUACGGCUGCCUAUGAAGAUGUUAUUGUCAUAAAACUUUUUAAAAUGUCAUGUUUUGAAAAUCAAAA